GAAAUAAUAUCUUUAACGAUUUUUCUAAUAAAUUCGAUGAAAAUACCUUAAUUCUUUGUCAGUUUCCUAGUGGUCACUAACUUUAGAGAAGCAAUAUAUAAACGAGAACUUGGCAAAAAAAAUUAACUCAAGAAAGUGUUCUUUGACAAUUAUCAGUUACAAUCGAACAGACAGUAGUUGGUUUUUAUUGGAAAUCUGUGUAAUUGCAAUCAUUACGUAUAAAAAUGCCAUCAACAAUGAAUAAUAAACUCGAUCCAAUGUUUAGUAGUGAUAGUGUUAGAGGAGAGUUUGGAGAUUCAGUACUCCGCACGAAUUCCGAAAACAAGUUGCGGACUAUUUCUACCUCUUCUUGUGCUACUAACAUGUCGUCUGAGUCCUAUUGUAUUUCUCUCGGCGUAGGGCCUCUGUGGUGGUCCGAUGUCCCUACCCAUCACAGAACAGAUCACGAUAGGGCGUCGCUCUUAACAGGUUACACUCGAAAAUCUUCUGUUGGUUCGGCUGGUGGCAGCGGUCUGUUUGACAGAAAUAAAAACGGCGGCAGCAAUGGUGGCUCCGGCGCAAAUUCUGCGGCUUCUUCAGACUGCUCUGACGGUGAUUUGCAAUCGUUGUACUCGGACGAUGAUUACCGAGAGGUGGUCAAGCAAAUCUUACAACAUGAACAUCCAAUACGCAUUGUCAUCAAGCUACACGUGACUGAGAAUAAAUUCACCAAAUGGGAAUCUGUUCUAAAUCCUGUCAAUAAUAUUUUGUAUGUAGCGUUGCCCGAAAAAUUAGCGCCCGAAGCCUCCAAAGAGACACUAAUUUGUUUGCUGGAAUUUGCGGAAGAUAAACUGGAGGUUGAUGCCGUAGUUAUGUGCAUACGCAAAAAUCGUUCGGACCGUGUACGUCUCUUGGAGAGCUUUUUGCUAAUGGGCCUUGAACCGUUAUCUAGAAAAGCUUCGGAAGCAAUACCAGCUGCUGAAAAAGAUGUUGAGAAUUUCUUUCUGAUUUAUCGCAUUGAGGAGUAAGAAUAAAACAAUAAAUAAAUGUAUAAAAUCGUGAAAACACAAAGAUCUUUUUUUACGAUUUUUUCAACUUUUCAAUACAGCUCUACGACAGAAGAGAUAUGCUAACUAUUGUUAAGAGCGUGAAGCAAAUUAAUCGUAUCUUAUUUGAGACAUAAAAAUCAAUUUUAAGAAGCAUGAAGAAGAAGACAUAAAAAUGUUAAAAAAUAAAAAUUUAAAAAAAUGCAAAGGUUUAAAAAAUCAAAAAAAUUAAAAAGAACAUAAUUAAUAUUCAUCUUGGUAUGGAAAAUAUACAUUAUUAUUUUACCAUUUUUUA